AUGCCUGGCACAGGCACUGGCACGGCGUUGGCAUGGUUGGUGCAGGAACUGGCGCGGCUAAUGCGGGCACCGGCGUGGCUCGUGCUGGUGUCGGUGUGGCUGGUGCAGAGGGCGGUGUGGCUCGUGCUGGUGUCGGCGUGGCUGGUGCAGAGGGCGGCGUGGCUCGUGCAGGGCCGUGUGUACCGCGGGGCCGGCUCUCCAGGCCAGGGCUCCCAGAAAAAAAAAGGCACGCUGAGCACCCUCCACCCUCCGGUGUCCGAGGUCAUCGGGGUGGCAGAGCUGGUCAACAAGAUCAACGGCCCCUGGUUCAGCAAGUUCACGAUCCUGCCCCCUGUCCCCCCUCUGCUCCCAGAGGUCAUCGGGGUGGCAGAGCUGGUCAACAAGAUCAACGGCCCCUGGUUCAGCAAGUUCGACGAGGACCUGGCCACCGCCUUCUCCAUCUACUGCGGCAUCAGCAUCGCCCACGUGUCGGACGAGAAGUACACCAAGCUGCUGAGCGAGGGCAUCCAGCCCGUGUCGACCAUCGACCCCAACUUCGCCAGCUUCACCUACACGCCCCGCUCGCUGCCCGAGGACGACACCUCCAUGGCCAUCCUGAGCAUGCUGCAGGACAUGAACUUCAUCAACAACUACAAGAUGGACCGCCAGACGCUCACCAGGUUCUGCCUGAUGGUGAAGAAGGGCUACCGCGACCCCCCCUACCACAACUGGAUGCACGCCUUCUCCGUCUCCCACUUCUGCUACCUGCUCUACAAGAACCUGGAGCUUGUCAACUACCUGGAAGACAUCGAGAUCUUUGCCCUCUUCAUCUCCUGCAUGUGCCACGACCUGGACCACAGAGGCACCAAUAACUCCUUCCAGGUGGCCUCGAAAUCGGUCCUGGCCGCGCUGUACAGCUCGGAGGGCUCCGUCAUGGAGAGGCACCACUUCGCCCAAGCCAUCGCCAUCCUCAACAGCCAGAGCUGCAACAUCUUCGACCACUUCUCCCGCAAGGACUACCAGCGCAUGCUGGACCUCAUGAGGGACAUCAUCUUGGCCACCGACCUGGCCCACCACCUGCGCAUCUUCAAGGACCUCCAGAAGAUGGCAGAAGCCCCCGCGUCCCUGCCGGCAUGUCCCCUCACCCUGCGGUGUUCCCUUGCAGACGGAGUGGUGCUGGUGGAUCCCGAGUACCUGAAGGAGAGAAAAGUCUUCGUGACGUUGACCUGCGCCUUCCGCUACGGCCGUGAGGACCUGGACGUGCUGGGGCUGACCUUCCGCAAGGACCUCUUCGUGGCCAACGCCCAGGCCUUCCCCCCGGUCCCCGAGGAGAAGAAGCCCCUGACGCGGCUGCAGGAGCGGCUGAUCAAGAAGCUGGGCGAGCACGCCUACCCCUUCACCUUCGAGGCGGCCCUGGACAAGGAGAUCUACUACCACGGAGAGCCCAUCAGCGUCAACGUCCAUGUCACCAACAACACCAACAAGACGGUGAAGAAGAUCAAAAUCUCAGUGCGCCAGUACGCCGACAUCUGCCUCUUCAACACCGCCCAGUACAAGUGCCCGGUGGCCGUGGAGGACGCCGAUGACAUGGUGGCCCCGAGCUCGACGUUCUGCAAAGUCUACACCCUGACCCCCUUCCUCGCCAACAACCGGGAGAAGCGGGGGCUGGCGCUGGAUGGCAAGCUCAAGCACGAGGACACCAACCUGGCCUCCAGCACGCUGUUAAGAGACGGAGCCAACAAGGAGAUCCUGGGCAUUAUCGUCUCCUAUAAGGUGAAGGUGAAGCUGGUGGUGUCCCGAGGAGGCCUGCUGGGAGACCUCGCCUCCAGCGUUCCAGAAAAUGAGGCGCCCAUAGAUACAAAUCUGAUAGAGCUUGACACAAAUGACGACGACAUCGUGUUCGAAGACUUCGCCCGCCAGCGACUCAAAGGCAUGAAGGACGACAAGGAGGACGAGGAGGAGCAGACAAAUUCCCCGCAGCUCAACGACAGAUAAGCGAGCCCCCCCCAGCUCGCCGGGCCGGCGUGCGCCAGUAACACCCGUGCAUUAGGCUUCUUCUCUUUUGUAUAAUUAUUAAUUUUGUUUUCUACCUGUACCGGGAGCCUAUGGAUUGCCUGAUGGCGACAGCAAUUAUAACCUUCCAGCUG